UUGAGAGCACAUGCAGGCAAGAGAAAAUGGCCAAACUAUUUCUUCUGUUGGUUUUACAACUCGUUGUUUUUCAUGUUACGUUUGCAAAACACAUCAACAGACUAGAGUUUCAACAUGAAAAAGCAAGACUAUAUUUUGACAAUCUGGCUGAGAUGCUUGAUGAACGACAUUUCUUAACGCCAUCGGCUGGAUCACAAGACGAAAGAAAAGAUAGAGUGCAAAAAGUGCCACACCUUGAUAUGGAAAAAUACUUCCAAAGAUUAAACGACCUCGUUGCAGAACAAUCAGCGUUGAACGAUGAACCAGAACUUGAAGAAGACUCGGAAUAUCAUGGAUUCAAGAAAGAUGCAGAAAAAAUCGCCAAUCUAGCUAUGAAUGACGAGAGUUCGAUGCCAGAAGAAGCAAAUGAAUUAUUCGAAAAUGUAAUGAGCAAGAACAUCAUGAAAGAAGCUUUCUCAUUGGCAGGAAAAGAAAGCCAAGACGACGAGUGUCCUGUUGGUACAAUUUACACAUACUUCCAGAUGGUUUUUUUUAAUAACCACAGCCUCGCCGGCGAAAUACUAGAUGCACUUGAUAUGUUAAAACCUGCUAAAUUUAAAAUUAAGCUUAAUAAAUUAAAAAAUAUGAUGAAGAAAUGUUUCGAUUGGAGCGUAAAAAAAAUUGCGUUCCGACUAAUGAAAUACAGACUUACGUCACCAUUAGAUAAUCCACCGGAAUUCCCGACAAAAACUGAUAAUUUAAUAGAAGCAAUCGCGGCCCCUGUUCUGAAACAGAAGUCUGCUCUAGUUGUUGUGCACAGUUUAAUUAACGGCUUUAAAGAUUACAAUAUUAAAACACCAUUUAAGCUAACUUGGCCAUUCUUGUGGCUGGGUAAUUCCAUACGAAAUAAACAACUAUCAGGCAGUUAUCUUGCACCUGGAAACCAGCCAAAUUUGAGCACGUAUGACGGAUAUGCGGAUUUCCUUGAUGAAUACAGAACAAAGCAACAAGGUAAAUUGUUUGGUAUUUUUCCAACGAAAGAUUUUAUUCAUUACCCGCUGGCCGAGGAUCCAAUCUUUGAUGAUAUCACCCGGGAUAAGAGAUGGCAGUCUGAUGACGUGUUCACACAGCAAAGAUUAGCUGGAUUAAACCCAAUGUCUUUGAGAAAAUUGUGUGAAGGCGCUGUAAGCAUGCAGCCUCUGGGUUUGGAAAAAUUGUUCAUUCGAUUUUUGACUCACUGGGACGAGGCAAUGCGCAGUGUUUCAGGUAGUUCGUUCAAUGAGAUGGUUAAAAGCGGAAAGGUUUUUGUUUUGGAUUAUCCUUUACUAAAAGGGCUUACUAAUAUGCCAAAAAAUAUAGAAGCAAAUUCUCCACACAAAAGACCUUUGAGGGACGCAAUAAGCCCGAUUACUGUGUUUGCCUCAGUUCCUGAAGACGACAAGGGAAAUACUCUAAAACCUGUGGCAAUACAGAUGGAUAUGAGUCCAGAUGAGGAUGUCUUUACACCAAACGAUGGCAAGAAAUGGCUGAUGGCUAAAGAAGAAGUUCAACUGGCUGACAUUGUCUAUGUAGAAAUAAUUAAACAUCUUUUAAAAACUCAUCUGCUUAUGGAGCCAAUUUGCGUCAUCAUGUAUCGAACAUUCUCCAAAUUGCAUCCUUUGUACCAGUUAUUAAACCCACAUUGCAAAUACCUUUCUGUUACUAACAGUGUCGGAGUUCCGGCCCUCUUCGAUGAACAUGAAUAUCUUUAUAUUCUCUUCGCCAUUGGCAACACAGGCUCAAUCAAUCUUCUUAAUAAAGGGUACCAAGAAUUGACAUGGAAAGACACAGAUUUCGAGGGAAAUCUUGUGAAACGUGGAGUAAUUGACAACAGUACACUACCAUAUUUCCCGUACAGAGACGAUGGAUUGCUCCUUUGGAACAAAAUUGGAAAAUUUGCUGAAGAAUACGUAAAACUGUAUUAUCCUACACGCGUCGAAGUUGAUGUAUCUGUAAAAGUUAAUCCGCACAUUCCUUUUAUCACCCCAAGUUUCAAUUUAGAAGCCCCGGCUUCUAUUAUAACAGAUAUCGAGUUACAAAGUUUUGCAAUGCAGUUAUCAUCAGAGAAAAUUGGCUUCAUUGCUGGGGGAAGGUUAAAAGGUUUUCCAAAAAUUAUCAAAAGACUUGAUCAACUUAUUGACGUCGUGAAACGAAUCCUGUUCAUCCCCAUUCAGCACAGCGCUAUCAACUAUCCAAUAUCAUACUAUGGUGCUUUUACACCAAACAUGCCGACUAAGCUUUAUGAUACAGACACUAAUGAUUUUACUAUUGAUAAUUUGCCAUAUUCUGACAUCGUUUCGCACCAACUCUCCAUUGCUAUGACACUGGGAUCAAUACGAUAUGAUAAAAUCUUCGACUACAGCGAUACAAUGAAAGAUAAGCGAGCCCAAAAACUGGUGAAGAAGUACUAUGAUCAACUACAUGGUGAAGUAAACGGUCUAAUUUCGGAAAGGAAUUGCGCGAGAGACAUUGAGGGAAAACUUGUCUAUCCUUACUUUAUGCCACAAUGGUUAACCAACAGCAUACAAACAUAACCUGGCUUGUCUGGAAACUUUGACUUUUGCUUAUAAUUUGUUCAGUUAAAUUUCGAUUAGCGAAAUUUUGUGUUGAUUUAAUAAACUGGCCUAACAUGUGCAUGUGUGAGAAACGCUUUAUAUCAGCAUUGAUUAAAAGUAGUUUAUGGCUGUUAUCUUAUAUGUGUAGUUA